AUGCUGACGCUACUUGGCCACAGCCCGUUCCACAAGCUCGACGCUGCCAAUGCUGACGCUGAGUUGGAUUCCUGUGUCCAAACACUCUCAUUUGCCCUUAGUCUCUCUCUCUUGCCAAGAGAUUACAAGUCUGGAUGGCAGUUGGAGGAGUGGGAGUUGGAGAAGGAGUGGGAGGAACCAGAGAAAGCAAGAAAGAGGAAUCUAGCUUUUGGAGUAGAUGAUGUGGAUGAUUGGGGUGUAGACCCUGGUGAUGAAGUUUCCCUUUGCAAGUUUCAUUGUAGGCAGCCUUUUGUCGAUCUUGUAGUAACCAAGUGCAAGCAUUAUUUCUGUGAGUAUUGUGCAUUAAAGCUCGCUUUUUAUCAAAGAUUUUGGACGUACCGAUCAGGCUCUUCUGCUCCUUCAAUCACACCAAUGACAUUCUGA